ACGUCUAAAAACCCCAAACUGAACACAGCCAAACUUCAGCCACGUUGUUCACCGACUUUGCUUAACUGUGUGUCACUGUUUGUAUAUUUUGGUAGGCUAACUGGCUUUUGACUGUUAGCUAAGUAUUGCAGUUAGCUUCAGGCUAAACUCGGUGAGAGGAGAAGAUCUGAGGUGUUAGAUCUGGAGCCCUGCUCAGAGGAUGGACAGUGAAAUCCAAAGAGACGGGAGAGUCCUGGACCUCACCGAUGACGCCUGGAGGGAAGACAGGCUGCCGUAUGAAGAUGUCACCAUCCCUUUGAGUGAAUUGCCUGAAGCUGAGCAGGACAACGGAGGCUCCACAGAGUCUGUGAAAGAACAAGAGAUGAAGUGGACAGACCUUGCCCUGCAGAGCCUGCAUGAAAACACACCGAGCACUGGAAGCUGAAAGGCUAAUCUGGGAUCAGACUGUAGGACAGAAACACACACAUAUGGACACUGGAUUCAGACACAUGCAAUUCAACAUCUUGUUGCAUUUUGUUGUAUUUAAGAAAUUUCCAGCUAAGCAGACAUAGUGCAAACAUUUAUUUUGCAUUGGUAUUGGGUUUAUAUUGUAGUCUUUGUAAACAUUAAUAUAAAAUAACAAUUUUGUGAUAACAUAAAUGAAAAAAGACUUGCA